GGAGAGGGAAGCCGUGCUCGUGAAGGUGCGGUAGAGCCAGGCGAGGCCUCGGUCCGAGCGGCGGCCGGGUCCGGUGGCGGUGAAGUGGGACUGGGCCCCGCGGGGCGGCUCCACCUCAGGGGAAGGCAUGGCCAUGGCAGAGGCUGGCGGCCCCACGCAGCUGCUGGAGAUGUGUGGGCAGAGGCUCUCCCGGUUCCUCCAGGACGCCGAGCACAAGCGCUUGGCCUGGCUGCGGGAGGUGGAGGAGCAGGGCAUGCGGCUGCUGGAUGGCAACUUUGGGGCUGAACCGGAAUUAAUGCCUAAAACACCAUCGCAGAGGAGGCGUCCCAAGAAGAGGCGAUCCUCCUGCCUGAAAGAUGAAAAUAAGGAGCCAAACAGGAGGAGGUUGUCCAGAAGGAGGAGCGGUGUCAUGCCAGUGUCUUCCAAGCUGAGCUCCCAAAAGUGCCCCAGCAAAGACCAGCCCCGGAGCCUCAGCUGCCCAGGGGAAGAGGUGUCCGUGCCCGAGCCUGCAGUGGGGUCUCAGGCCAGCGUUGAAACUCACCCCCUGGAACCAACUGGAAAAUGGCCAGCAGAAGCUCCCAUGGCAAAGAAGGAUUGUGGGGACAGCCCGCAGAGCCCCGAUGGCAGGGAUGCAGCCUGUCGGGCUGCUAAGGGGCAGCAGUUACCUGAGGGGGAUGUGACCACUGAGCCUCAUGGUGUGUCUUCCAUCCCUGCAGUCCCCGGUGGCCAGGCAGAUGGGGAGGAGGCCCCCAAGAGAGGAGCAAGUACCUCCACUCCCAAGGCUGCUAGAAAUGGAGAUCCUGCCAUGCUCCAAGGAGAUCUGUCUCCUCAAGGUCUCAAAAUAGUGCUUUUCCAGGACUCUGACAACAAAACGACUAAAGCGAAAUCCAAAACGCGCCGUUGCUCAGGACGCCAGAGCUCGGUGGGUGGCCCCAGCAAGAGCCAUCGGACCUCCUUGGUACAAAAAUACUCACUGGCUGGCAAAAGAGAGAGCAUGAUCCGGAGGUCGAUCAGCAGGGCCAUCUCAAAGAAAGCAGCAUCGCGAGAAUCAUCCUCUGCCUCCAGCAGAGUGAGCUGUCAAAGCUCCCUGGAGGUGUUUGUAGAAGAAGAUGGGACCAGCAGUGUGAGACCCAGCCUGGAACUGAACCCCCUAAGCGAAAAGACUGCUGAAGACAUCCCCGAUUCAAGCAAAAGUGCACAAGUUUCCAGGCCCCCUGCACAGCACUUGUCUCCUCCUGAGCAGCAGGCAGGGAAGGAUGGAGGAAGCUGUGUGAAUCCAACCAGUGAAGCCCAGAACAAGAACCAGGAGCAACCCCGCUGUGCCGAGUCCCAGCAGAAUCCCUCACGCAUCUGGACACGGACCUAUAAACAAGCGAUGGGCACUAUAUGGAAUGGGCAGCAGCAGGGGGGUCAGACCCUUUCCCCUUUGGACGACAAGCACAAGAGUUCAGCAAACCAGGCUCCAGCUUCCUCCUCUCCAGCUAGCAGGGUUGUGAGACCACUGAAGAACUUCCUGCAGGCUGUGCAGCGAAACCAGCUGCUCACAAGCCCGGGACCCACAGGACGUGGGGGCAUCAUCAAAAACUUCAUCAAACACAACACUCCCACCCGACCCAACCUUAAGGGAGACUUUGUUGAGAAGGAGCGGCAGAGGCUGGAAAGCCUCAGGAAGAAGCAGGAGGCUGAGGAACAGAGGAGGAAGAAAGUGGAGGAGGAGAAGAGACGGCGUCAGGCAGAAAUGAAGCAGAAGAGGGAAGAGCGUCUGAGGAAGGCACUGCAGGCUCGGGAGCGGGUGGAGCAAAUGGAAGAGGAGAAGAAAAAGCGGAUGGAGCAGAAGAUCUUGCAGAAUGAUGAUAAGGUGCGCCUGUCCCAGGGGCGGGAGGAGAAGGGGGCAGAGGAGCGGAGCAGGAGGAAGCUGCUGAGGAAGCCUGGGGAAGCUGACACGUGGAAGCAGAAGGCACCGAGGGCGGAGGAAGAUGAAUUUGAGCAGCAAGGACCACUGCAGAAAAGGAGAGAGGAUGAAAUGAAAGAAAAAGGAAAUAAAGUCUUGGAACUGAGAAACCUUGUGGAGCAGCAGCAGGUGGAACAAGCAAAGGAGAGGGAUCACAAACUGCGUGGGAAAGAGAAGGCCCCCAAGCCAGAGCUGGAGUCAGCAGUGUUUGCUGAGGAAAACAUAAAGGAGGCAGAGAACACAAAGGAGGUGCCUGGGCAGGAGAAGAGAGCCAAGCCACCAGAACCCAUUGCUGUGGCUGCUGCUCAUCCCUGGCUCAAAGUGGCGAAGGAGGACGAUGGUCUGCAAAAGCCCCAGCAGCAGCUGAGAGAGGAGAAAAAAAACAAGCAACCAGAAGCAUUGAGUGGUGCCUCUGGCACAUGGCUGAGCAAGACGGUGAAGAAGCCCAUCUCCACACCCUGCUUGGUGCCCCCAAAGGGCACGAAGGAGUCCAGAUCCCCGACGGUAAAUGAAAAUAACUAUGGGAUGGACCUGAACAGUGACGACUCCACAGAUGAUGAGAAUGACCCUCGGAAGCCUGUCCCUGCCUGGGCUGAUGGGUCCCAGCUCAACCAGGCCGUUGUGUACCAGUACUACCACCCCCUCAACGUUGACCAGAUCUUCGGGCUCAUUCCCAGCCCCAAGCUGGAGGACAUUUUUGGCAAGACCAAGCCUCGGUACUUCAAGCGCACGAGCUCAGCUGUGUGGCAUUCCCCACCUGGGACCAAAUCCACCUGCGGCCCAUCCUGCAACUUCAAAAACUGAGAAAUGGCAAAAAAUGUGGUUUAUGACAAGAUGGUGUGUCAGUUGGUGUUUUAGCACAC